AUGGAUAAGGACAUGUGUCAAACGUUAAUUCCUUUAAGGGACGCGUUUUUCUAUGUGGAGGAAGAUGGAAUCUAUCAAUUUAAAACUGUUGAAGAUUUCAAAAAUCACUGUACUAAUGGAAAUUGUGAUACUGAUACCGAUAAAAUUAAUGCUAGAUGUUUACAUAUUUUUGAAACCUUCUUUAAGGAUAAGUCUGAGUUUGAAAAGGUUGCCAAAGGAAACAUCUAUAUUGUUCAAUACAUUUUGAUAUGGUUAAGUUAUGUGUUAAGCCUGAUCAAAAGUGAAGAAAACGGCAGUAUAGACUCUUUUUAUAAAAAAUAUAUAGAGAAAGGUGGUAAGUAUACUACUAAUAAUAUAGAUUAUAUUGUUGGUUAUAAAUGUUAUAAGGAUCUUAUAGAUAGAAAUAAAUAUAUUUUAAGUAUGGAUAAGAGCAUUAUAUCUAAAUUAUAUGAUGCAUUUAGUACAUUAUGUGACAUAUAUAUUGAGUUUGAUCCAAACGACUCAAAUUGCGAGAAAUUUUCUGAAAAAGCUAAUAAAUUUGUUGAAACAUAUAAAAAAAUUAUCAUAGAUCAUAACAUUGGUGAAAAUAUCCGCUAUUUUCAUGUAUUUAUUAAUUUAUUAACUGAUUAUGACAAUUUAAAAAAAAAUUGUAAACAAUUCCCAUCCACUCCAGAUAUAAAAAAAAUAAUUUCUGAACAUGUUUGUGAAGUUGCAUCCUCAAGUUCGUCGAUAGCAAGCAAAUUAAUUCCAAUUUUAUCGAUAUUAGUUGCAAUACCAAUUUUCUUGGGAAUUGCUUAUAAGUAUUCGUUAUUUGGAUUUCGGAAACGAUCUCAAAAACAACAUUUAAGAGAAAUGGUAAAAAAAUAA